AGCCCACAGACAGAAGUUACGCUCAGAACAGGAUAGCCUCGUUGGCAACACCUGUUCUGUCCUGGUGGACUUGGCGAAAUACGACGGAAUCGCGCCGAACCUUGAUUUCGUGUCUUUUCAAUCCGUCGCGACUGCCGAAUCGCGAGCGAAUCACGUAUUGUGCCUCCUGAAUUGCAAACACGGCAUAAAAAUGGAAGCCAAACGUAAACACUUACUAAUGCAAAUCCAUGACGUUCUACCUCAGAUAGACUUGUUCAGAGAAUCUACUUUUGAUGUUGACUACACGAAAUUCAAGCAGUCAGUCAAUCGGUACCAGCUAUUAUCGCAGAUUUCCGAUUGUGAUUCGGACGUGCAGAGUAACUUCAGCGACCAGCAUUCGUUGGGAAGGACGCAGACUGUAUCUUUAGAAUGGUUCUGUCAACACUUAGCACAACGCCAAUUGCAGUUUUG